GCCAUCUUGCUGUGUGCUGCGUGCUGUUAAUUGACCAUGUCUUCUCACAAGACUUUCAGGAUCAAGCGAUUCCUGGCCAAGAAACAAAAGCAGAAUGGUCCCAUUCCCCAGUGGAUUCGGAUGAAAACUGGUAAUAAAAUCAGGUACAACUCCAAGAGGAGGCACUGGAGGAGAACCAAGCUGGGUCUCUAAGGCGUCCCACCUCACACAAUGACACACCUAAUUGGCACCAUGUAUUUAAUUAAGCUACUUGAGGAUCAUGUGUUCUAUUCCAUCACCCUGUUAACCACCUUUCUGCCUGGCCAAUAGAUACCAUUUAUCAGCGAAAGAUUUUUCUGUUACUAUAGCUCUGCACCAGUGGGUUGGUUUGGUAAUAAACAUGAGGCCUUUGAGCUGUAAAAAAAAAAAAAAAA